CUUCUGUGCAGCACACGCCAUGGGUGUCGGGUCCUGCGCUGCCAUGGGGAACCCGCCGGACCUCGCGAUCCUUACCAUUGGCACGGGCGGCUACUGCAGCCAAGGAAUGAUCUGCGUCCUCAACGCCACGUGCCAAGCCACGCUCGAGGAGCCGGACACGCGGGCGUCCUUUGGCAGCAUCACGCAGAUCGGCGCCCUCACCAACUACCGCAACCCGUCGCUGCGCGUCCGCUUCUCGCCCAAGGUGCUUCGAGAUACGUCCAAGCUGCUGUGGCCGGCCGGUCUCGUCACACUCGAGCUCUCGUACAAUGAGCUGACAGAGAUCCCGUCGUCGAUGACAUGGCCCUUGGCGCUUCAGUCGCUGAACUUGAUGGUCAACAACUUGACGACGCUGCCCACCAACUUGCCUGCGACGAUUCUGAGCCUGGAUCUGCAGUCGAACUUGAUGAAAUCGCUCGCCAACGCCGAUCUGUCGCACUUGGAGUCGUUUGCGACCAAUGGCAACCCAGUUACGAGCAUCGUCAACGUGACGUUCUCGCCCAAACUCAAGACUUUUGACUGUGGCAGUAGCCAAGGCACGGUCGCCAUCACCAACUUUAUCGUGUCGCCAAGUACCUUUAAAGCGCUCAACGGGCUCAACAAGAGCUGCUCGGUCCUCCCCAUUGCAAGUGACGCUGCGCUCUGCGCCAAGGCCAACGGCGCGCUCCAGACGAUCUGGACCAACAAUACGAUCUGCGUCUACUCGGACGCGACACCGGCACCGACCGCCGCCACGAUCAAUGACGCAACGUCGAACGGGAGCUCCAGCAACACGGGCACGAUCGUCGGUGUCGUCGUCGGUGUCGUCGUCCUGGUUCUCCUCGCGCUUGGCGCCUACUGCUACUGCCGCCGGCGCAAGCAAGCGCAUGAGAACGUUACCACGACAGUCGAGGCGCCUUACUCGCACGCGUCGGCCACACCGCGCACGGCGACGGGGUCGCAGGAUCAGACGUUCAACCUCCAGGAGCUGGCCACGCACCGGCUGGAUGCGACCGAGGUCGUCAUCAAGGACAAGAUUGCAACCGGGGCGUUUGGCGAAGUCUGGCGCGCCGAGUACAAGCACAAGACAGUCGCUGUCAAGAUGCUGCUGCACACACGGUCGUCCGCGGUCGACGUGCAGGGCCUUGUAGACGAGAUCAAGCUCCUCGCCCAGUUUGACUCGCCGCACAUUGUAUCCUUGAUUGGCGCGACGUGGACGACUCCGUCCUCGAUCCGGUGUGUGCUCGAGUACAUGAACAUGGGCGACCUCCGCGACUACCUCGCCAACCACAAGCCGAACGAGUUUUCGUGGAGCGCCAAGAUCUCGUGCAUUCACAGCAUCGUGUACGCACUUGUGUACUUGCACUCGAUGCAGAUCAUCCACCGCGACCUCAAGUCGCGCAACGUGCUUCUCGACUCGGCCAAAGGCACCAAACUCACCGACUUUGGCGUCUCCAAGGAAGACACGCACGAAACCAUGACCGUUGGCGUCGGCACGUACCGCUGGAUGGCGCCCGAGAUCCUCCAGUUCAACCACUACACGGUGGCGGCCGACAUCUUUUCGUUUGGCAUGCUCUUGUCCGAGUUUGACUCGCACCAAAUCCCGUACGCCGGUGUUAUCAACGAGAAGAACGGCAAGCCGCUCGUGGACACGGCGAUCAUGGGCAUGGUGAUUGCGGGCUCGUUGAAGCCGACGUUCUCGGCCAAAAUGCCGAGCUGGCUCCGCGACGUGGCGACGCAGUGCGUAGCGUCCGAGCCCAACGAUCGUCCGACUGCGUACAAGCUCGCGCAUAUCUUCCGCGACCACGUCCAGGAGAGUCUUUAACGUGUAUGAAAUAAGCUCGGAUUGGCCGACUUUGCGCAUGACAAUGGUUUCCAG